AUGGCUCGUGGUGUAGCCGCCGAGCCGUAUCGCCUUUGGUUUCAUUUCUUUGGUCUACGCUAUCGAAGUCACGAGACGAUACUCGAACUCUCACUAGCACAUUCGACACAAUCUCGCCGCGAGGCAGAUGAAUAUAAGAUUGUGCUUGAGUUGGUGGACGCCCUGUCUUUCAUCAAAGCGUUAAAUGACUUUACUAAUCCAUCUUAA